CAGGGGAGCUUCAGUUUCACGACAAAACUGAGAACUUUCAAGAUUAACGUUUACUGGAUACCCACGAUCCUCCUCUCCCUCUCCAGUGCUGCCAACAUGAUAAGCUCAAACAACUGUCAAGUAUCAACAAAUGUCACCUCAGGCAUGAUCCAUAGCACGACCAGAACAUUCUGAUAACAAGAACAAAAGGUUGCCCAUCCAAAGGGUUGCAGAUCAUUCAAGAUUUCAAUGCUCACCAAGCUGCAUGGUUUUAUCAGACAAGCUCAGAACGUUCUAUGUGGUCCGUGUGUCUGUCAACGGCAUUGCAUCGGUCAGAUGCCCCAACCUGACAGGCAAGGACCAGGAGGAGAUGAGAUUCCACCUAUACCUGGGCUUGGUCGAGGUUGGCAACCACACUCACGACAGUGCUCACAACCACAACUCCACAGAGACAGUGAGUCCUGUUGGGGAGGGUCUGGGGCUGAGGGUGAACGAACAGGACCAUACGGUCAGUUUUGUCCUCUCUGGAAUGACUAUGGAGCGCGCUGGAGUCUAUACCUGUGAGGGGUACCCCAUGUACCCACCUCCCAUUGAGAAAGUACCAGACGAGCCUCAGACCUUGGUCCUGGUUGAAGCAUACCAGUGCCAGGCAGGGAAGACUGUGGGAUGUGUAGGCCCUCGAGUGCAUGGUGUCCCUGUUUGGGUAUGGGUGCUGGGAUUCUGGGUCACCACCAUCUAUGGCCUGGUUGUCACGGUCAUCGCCUUUGUCAUCUGGCUCAGACUGAGGAGAGUGGAGUGUUCCCAGAGUGACUACAUGAACAUCAAACCCAAAGCUCCACUCAGGGGGCACAGGAAGAAGCAGGGGGUCCAGCAUCCAAUCCGAAUGGGACGAUACUGAUCACUGUCAUCCUCAUACAAAAGUAACACGAGUUGAGCCUUUAUUGGCCCUUGAGAGCUGACUGGAGAAACAGACCAAGUUCUUGAUGGAAACAUGAAAGCUAGCUUUUCAAAUGACGAGGUGCACAUCUAAUUGUGCAUCUGAUUGCGUGUAAAUAAAGAUUUGAGUUAUC